CGGCCCGAUUACGACGAGGAUUUUCAACGGGGCGGUCCGGUUGAACUAGGAAACUUUCUUUUGUUCAUCCAACUCUUUGCAAUGCUGACUGCUUGCUGCUCCCGACGCGUCUUUUCUCGCGUCAUGCGGUCUAAUGACUCCAAUCUAAGCUCCAAACUCUGGACUCUACUUAAACCAACCGACAUCCUAGUCAACAUCCGGGCCGCCCCAAGUAUAUGGAAGCUCAAGGGAAUCACAGGUUCUCCGAGUCGCGGAGAUAAUGAUAUAUAGCUGGGAGCAACUCAGCUUCACUCCAGUCUUGAACCAUGCCCACCUCUACCUUUCAAGUGAGCCAGGAAGCACCAGACUCCCCAGCCUUGGACGUAGAGAAGACAGAAGUCGAACAAGUGGAGAAUGUCCUCCCCCGGUCCCCAUAUCAGUCUAAGGAACCUGGUCCUGCUAGCAUACUCAAUUGGUUACAGAAGAAGAAUCCAUCUCCCCAGUUUCUCGCUGAUGUCGCGAAAAUGAAUGAAACGGAGCUCGAUCCUGGUAAAGUCAAGCACGUAGAACGAAAGAUCGACCUCUUGAUAAUGCCCGCACUCGCGAUAUGUUACAUGUUCUACUACGUUGACAAGACUACUCUUUCUUACGCUGCAAUCUUCAAUAUUAAGGAAGAUUUGCAUCUUGGUAGCUCUGACUAUAGUUGGCUUUCAAGUUUGUUUUACUUCGGAUGGUUGGGUUGGGCCUUACCCACUAACCUCUUGAUGCAAAAAUUCCCUUUAAAUAAAUAUCUUGCCUUCAACAUUUUUUUGUGGGGCAUUCUACUCAUGGCUCAAGCGGCCAGUAGAAACUUCACUGAGCUGGCCGUCCUUCGUGUGCUAUCUGGUGCCGCAGAGGCUACUGCGGAUCCAGCGUUUGUUCUCAUCACUGGAACUUGGUACACACGGACACAACAACCGUCAAGGAUCGGUUAUUGGUAUCUUGCUAAUGGAUUCGGUAUUGCUCUCGGUGGUCUUUUUGGCUAUGGGAUUGGCCAUAUCAAAGGUAGUCUCCCAUCUUGGAAGUACGAGUUCUUGAUCAUUGGGGCCCUUUGCUCGGUUUGGGCCAUUUUUAUGGCUAUAUUUAUUCCCGACUCGCCCUACUUCAGCCACUGGUUCACGCCUGAGGAAAGACUCAUUAUCGUGAGCCGAAAACGGGGUGAUUAUAAUUCAACCGAUACUCGAGAAUGGAAACCUGCACAAGUCCUUGAAGCUUUCAUUGACCCAAAAACCUACCUUUUUUUCCUCUUCGGCUUCACCGCUAAUGUCCCUAAUGGCGCUACUUCUAACUUCGGCACACUGAUUGUACAAGGGUUCGGAUUUGAUACAUUCCAGACCACGCUCAUGCAAAUUCCCUACGGAAUGGUUAUUGUUGCGUUCAUCUUAGCCGCGAUCUUCAUUAAUUCGAAGCUUCCCUCGGGUUACCGUACGUUGCUCAUGGCCCUAACUAACGUACCGACUGUAGUUGGUUUUGCUAUGGUCGCCUGGUGCAAAGGUACAGCACCAAGACUUGCCGGGUUUUGGAUGACUGGCGCUUCCAAUGCGACAUUCGUACUUGGCCUCUCUCUCCUUUCUGGUAACGUCGGUGGUCAGUCAAAGAAGGCUAUAGCUAGUGCCGCUAUUUUCCUAGGUGUUGCUAUCGGAAACAUUGUUGGUCCAUUUCUAUUCAAGACAUCCGAAGCUCCAACCUAUUACACUGGUGUAGUUGGAUGCUUGGUCUCUCGGGCUCUUGAGAUUGUCGUCAUACUCGUCCUCCGAGUCAUGUUCAUCAUGUCCAACCGUCGUAGAGAUCGAGCUGUAGCUGAAGGACGUAUCCGUUCCAAUGAUCAGUUUACUGAACUGGAAGAUAUCACCGACUGGAAGAACCCGGCUUUCCGCUAUGUCACGGUAAAUCUCAUCACUUGCUCUUGCGUUACUGUAUGCAUUCUGACCUACCCGGAUAGUAGUAAUUCGCCGAUUGACGUGGUUGAAAUGGCUUUGUUGAAACUGCUUUGCUGA